UGUUACAUAUAUACGUUGGGGUAAGAAAGGAUGUCCGAAAGGAGUAGAUAUGGUUUAUACAGGGCAGGUUGGCGGAAAUGACUAUAGAAACAAAGCUGGAGGUGUCAACUAUCUAUGUCUACCAAAUGACCCGGAAAAUGGAGAGUCACAGAAAACUGAAAACGACCAAUUAUAUGGUUCGGAAUAUGAGUUUGGUUCAUCAUACAAACCAUCAGGAAUGAAAGCAGAUAUGCAAAACAAAGAAGUACCAUGCGCUGUUUGUUUCCAAAGAAGAAGAUCGGUUCAUGUGAUGAUUCCAGGUAGAAAAACAUGUUACAAGGGAUGGACAUCCGAGUACAGUGGUUUCCUAAUGACAGAUUAUAAGACUUACAGCAGUAAGGAUUAUGCAUGUGUUGACAAAGAUGCCGAACCUCUCGACAAUAAAACUGGAGACGAAAACGGGGCUUUAUUCUAUGGAAUCAGAACCAAAUGUGGCAGUUUGAGGUGCCCUCCAUACAAAGAUGCUACAGAUGUACGAUGCGUUGUUUGUACAAAAUAGUUAAUA